GAGGCCCAAGAAAUUGAGGAGAAAGGUCGCAAACCCUAGCGCCCCGUCCCCCCCCCGUAUACAAUAAAACCCCUCUCCUCGCCGCCCUUCCCUGGUCCCUCCUAAGAGGAAGCGCAGAGAGAUCGACGCUAAGAGAGAGGGGGGGGGGGGGGAGCGAUGGUGUCGCUCAAACUCCAAAAAAGGCUCUCCGCCAGCGUGCUCAAGUGCGGGCGAGGGAAGGUCUGGUUGGAUCCCAAUGAAGUCAACGAGAUAUCCAUGGCGAAUUCUCGCCAAAAUAUUAGAAAGUUGGUCAAAGAUGGAUUCAUUAUCAGGAAGCCCAUGAAGAUCCACUCACGUUCUCGUGCAAGGCGAGCAUUGGAGGCCAAGAGGAAGGGACGCCAUUCUGGAUAUGGUAAGCGCAGAGGUACUAGGGAGGCUAGGCUUCCCACCAAGAUUCUUUGGAUGAGGAGAAUGCGAGUUCUGAGGCGUUUGCUGCGGAAGUACCGGGAAUCGAAGAAGAUUGACAAGCACAUGUAUCAUGACAUGUAUAUGAAAGUGAAAGGUAAUGUCUUCAAGAACAAGAGAGUGCUUAUGGAGAGCAUUCACAAGUCUAAGGCUGAGAAGGCAAGAGAGAAGACUUUGUCUGACCAGUUUGAAGCAAAACGGGCUAAGAGCAAGGCAAGCAGAGAGAGGAAGUUUGCUAGGAGAGAGGAGCGUUUAGCUCAGGGUCCAGUUGAGCGAGCACCAGCGGUAGCUUCAGUCUCUCAAACUGCCGAGGCGCCUAAGAAGGCAAAGAAGUGAAACUUAACUGCAGCAGCUUAUAUGGUCUCAUAUAUAUCAUCUGGAGAGUAGUUUUUUCAGAGUUCGAGCUAAUGUCAAUUUUCUUUAUUUUAAUGUUUCAUGAGAAAUCAACUGUCUUGAGACACAGGUGUUGCAAGACAUAUUUGUAGUUUAUUUCAAGUGUUUUGUGUUAACCUGGUAUAUUUAGUAUUCGGUUGUUGAUUGGAUGACCGGGAGCCUAAUACUAAUUAUUCGAGCUAUUGGAUUUGAUA